AAGUCAAGACGAUGCUUGCUUUUAAUCCUACUCGAGUACACCCAAUAACGGUACUUAGUCUCUCUAGCACACAAGCUUAAUCCCACGAUGAGUUGUAGUUCCGACUAUGCAGCAUACUGAUAUGCAUACAGGGCGUGCAGCUAUCUAUACACGUUACCUUGCUAUAAUUAGAUCUUUUCGGACGAACUGAAAGAUAAGUACGGCCGAACACGAGAUAUAUGCAUGCCACAUAGACAGACUUUUCUUUUUAUUGCCCCCACUCUCAAGGCCUUGGACGUGAGGUUGCUUGGCAAUGAGUUCGCCCAGUACGAGGGUCCCCUCUAUCCACCAUCAUGAUGGCCAAGAUGGCAGUCGUGAAGAAGCUUUCAAAGCUGUGGAUGCAAUAACUGCGCUGACAUUGACAGAUCAGACGAACCUUCUUCCGUUCAGGAAGGUUAUUGUCGUAUUCGCCAGCUUAUCCCUGUGCCUCUUGGUUUCAACCCUGGACUCCACGAUCGUAGCGACAGCUCUACCAACAAUCGCAACUGCAUUCAAUGCAGGAUCUAUCGUAUCUUGGGUCCCGUCUGCCUAUCUGUUGACCUCCACGGCCUUCCAACCACUCUAUGGCCGCUUCAGUGAUAUCUUCGGCCGAAAGGCGACACUUUGUCUUGCUAUGACAAUCUUUAUGUUAGGCUCUUUACUUGCUGGUUUUUCCCCUUCCAUCAUUUCUCUUAUCAUUUUCCGCGGGAUUGCGGGAGCCGGUGGAGGAGGCAUCGUGAGUAUCGUACAGAUCGUAAUGUCAGAUGUAGUGAGUUUGCGAGAGAGGGGAAAAUACCAAGGUAUCAUCGGUGGUGUUGUGGCUUUUGGUUUCGCAAUUGGCCCGUUAAUCGGAGGCGUAUUGGCUCAGAAGGUAUCAUGGAAGUGGUGUUUCUGGAUCACCAUCCCUAUAUCCGCCGUUGCAAUGGCAGUUGUGAUCCUCGUUCUUCCUCUGAAAUCUGUCCGAGGCGAUUUCCGCAGGAAACUUUUGGUUAUUGAUUAUCUUGGUGUUAUCCUCACCCUUGCAGGAUGUGCAAUGAUUUCUCUGCCGCUCAUCUGGGGAGGCGUAACAUUCCCAUGGACCUCUGCUGUCGUCUUGGCGCCACUUUGCUGUGGUCUCUUUGUUGUUUUGCUAUUCUGCUUAUGGGAAUGGAAGGGAGCGAGAUUGCCAAUUGUUCCUAUGUACAUCUUCAAGCAUCUUACGGUGUCCGGAGUCUACAUCACUAUGUUUAUCAACGGCGUGGUUUUCUACUCGUGCUUGUUUUACCUUCCGCAAUUCUUCCGGGUUGCGCUGGCCUAUUCCCCAAUACGGUCAGGAGUCUUCCUCCUUCCGGUAUUAGUGACCCAAACAUUGGCUAGUUUCGUUGCAGGCCAGAUAGUAAGCAAAACUGGUCGCUAUCGGAUGAUCAUCUACAUCGGCUUCUCCGUGUGGGCGGUAGGCUGUGGGUGCUUAUCGACUGUCACGUCGGCGACACCGAAAGGUCUUCUUGUUUUCUACAUGCUGUUGACCGGAACUGGUGCAGGACAGACUCUCCAAACGACUACGGUCGCUGCGCAAGCUAGCGUCUCAAGAAAGGAUAUGUCGGUUGUUACGGCGGUUCGCAAUUUUGUCCGGUUGCUGGGAGGUACAUUCUCCCUUGCCAUCGGUGCCACCAUCAUCAACAACGCACUUCGGCAUUCCAUGGCGAAACUUUCUCUGCCUGGUCCGAUCAUUGAUCAAGUUGUGGAUGACCCCACGAUCUUGGGUGCCCGCUUGAACUCCAAUUCGACGUCGAAUCCUCUGGGGAAUCUAGGCAUUUCACCUUCAACGGCCAAUCAGAUUCUUGCAGGAUACACUACCGGGUUCAGGGCGGUUUUCAUUUUGAAUGCCUGUUUGGCUGGCUUUGCAACCAUCGUUGGUGUUCUGAUGAUCCGUCACAAGGAGUUGACAAGAGGUGACGAAGAACAGUUGAAGGCUCAAGCGCGAGAGGCAAACACUGGAGACCGGGAAGAGACUAAGGCCGAAGUCGACGAGAAAGCCACUGACAAGGAGAUCCGGGAAACGAUGCAGUCUGCCAACAUGGAGGACGCACAGAAAGGAUCAAUUUAAACCACUUAGAUUCAAAUCACCUAGACUAGCAUGCACACUUAGAGCAUGACGAAACUUGGACGGUAAAUUUGAUGUGUCUAAUGAUGCUGUACACCGUUUCCUAGAUGUAGCAUAUUGUUCUAUGUUGCACGCUUUCCUAUACAUGCAUCGUCAAUUGCAAUUGGUCUGGGUAUCGUACUCAGCCGGCG